AUGCCUGCGGAUAUCAGAAGUUUCUUUGGAGGCAAACCUGGAGCUUCUACCUCUACGCCUAUUCGAGGAAAGGGAAACAAGAAAGAGGAAGAUUCCAAGAAGAAGAAGAGCAAAAGCCGUAAGAUCAUCGAAGAUAGUGAUGAUGACGAAGAACCACUGCCAAUAAAGCCAGAGCCCAAAAAAGCUGCGGCUAAGAAAUCAGUUAAAAAUGAGGAGCUUGAAGGGAAGGAAACGACUGCGGAUGACUUCUUUGCUUCGAGUAAUAAACCCAAGGCUAAACCAGCAAAAUCGACCCCUAUCAAAGCAAUACAGCCACCACCUGCCCGGUCAUCUACUCGAAAGAAGACAUCCUCUGGUCGUAUAGAAAUCAAAGACGAUGACGACUUCGAUGAGGACGAUGAUAUAUUUGCAGCGGACGUGAAAAAGACAGGCAAGCGCAAGGACGACGGUUAUGUCGAAGAUGAUAGCGAUGAUGAGGUGUUACCUAAACCGAAGAGAAUUGUGUCGAAGUCGAAGACUGCACCGAUCAAAAAGGACAAGGAUGUUGAGAUGAAGGAUGUUGGCGACGACGACGUUUUGGUUGUGCCUGAUGAUGACGAGGGCAAUGAUAUGAUGAUAAUCGAAAAGCCAAGCAAGAAUUCUGUCGUGAACGGCAAAAAGCGCAAAUCAGUUAAUUUGGAAUCCGAUGACGACGAGGAGGUCGUCCCUGCCAAGAAAUCCCCUAAGAGCAAAAGCUCAAAGCCCCCACCAGCAAAGAAACCUCGUGCUCCGCCAAAAAAGAAAGCUGCUGCUCCAGAGAGCUCGAAUAUACAGGCAAUCUUAGAUAGCAUCCCAACCGUUCGAGCCCCAACCCCGCCACCGAAGGACGUCAAAUAUGACUGGCGUGCAGGUGGUGGUGGUAAUUCUGGCCCUCCACCAGCUGCCGGUUGUGCAGAAAUUCCUGAAGGUGCGGAGAAUUGUUUGGCAGGUUUUACAUUCGUUUUUACGGGAGUGCUCAACACAAUCUCCAGAGAUGAAGGGAUGGAGCUCGUCAAGCGGUGUGGGGGGAAAAUCACUGGUGCACCCAGUGGCAAAACAAGUUAUGUUGUACUUGGAACCGAUGCUGGCCCGAGUAAACUCAGAAAGAUACAAGAUUUGAAAAUUAAAACCAUUGAUGAAGAAGGACUCUUCGCCAUUAUUAGAGCCAUGCCUGCUAAUGGGGGUGACGGGAAGGCUGCGGAGAAAAACAACGAAAAGAAGGCAGUUGAAGAGAGGAAGAUUCGAGAAGCAGCCGAGGAGAUGGAUAGAGAAGAGCGGAGGAAAGUUGCGGAAGCAGAGAAAGCGGAGAGGGAUGCUCAAAAACUCGCUGCGUCAAAAGGAAAAUCUUCUUUACCACCAGCUCCCCGCAAGGUGGCAGUGCCAACUUCAUCACAAUUGUGGACCACCAAGUAUGCUCCAACGCAAAUGAAUCAAAUCUGUGGCAACAAAAGUCAAGUUGAGAAGAUUCAGUCUUGGCUUAAGGGUUGGGCAAAUGCUCACAAGUACAAUUUCCAGAAGAGAGGCGCGGAUGGACUUGGAGGUUACAGAGCCAUCAUUAUCCAUGGUCCACCCGGUAUCGGAAAAACGACUGCGGCACAUUUGGCUGCCAAGCUUGCUGGUUAUGAUAUUUUGGAGAGAAACGCUAGUGAUGUCCGAAGCAAGAAGCUGGUUGAAACGGGAUUAUCUGAAGUAUUAAACAACACCUCCGUUUUGGGUUACUUCGCAGGUGACGGAAAAGAUAUCGAUAAGACCAAGAAGAAGUUAGUCCUAAUCAUGGACGAAGUUGACGGUAUGUCAUCUGGAGAUCGGGGUGGAGUGGGAGCUCUCGCGAAAAUCUGCAAAACGACCGAUAUUCCCAUGAUAUUGAUCUGUAACGACCGCAAGCUUCCGAAGAUGAAGCCAUUCGAUUUUGUAACAUUCGAUAUGCCAUUCAAGAGGCCUACCGUCGAUAUGGUACGUUCACGUAUCGCCACUAUUUGUCAUCGAGAAGGCAUGAAGCUUCCUGUUCAAGUCAUUGAUGCUCUCAUCGAAGGCAGCAAUAAGGAUAUCCGUCAAAUCAUCAACAUGAUAUCUACUGUAAAGCUUGAUCAAAUCGCCAUAGACUUCGAUCAAGGAAAGGAAAUGUCAAAGGCAUGGGAGAAGCAUGUUGUUCUCAAGCCAUGGGACAUAACUUCUCAACUUCUUGGUGGACAUAUGUUUGCCCCCACUAGCAAAUCUACCCUAAACGAUAAGAUCGAGCUCUAUUUCAACGACCACGAGUUUACGCCCCUGAUGAUUCAGGAAAAUUACCUGAAUACGAAACCACAAUUAGCUAACACCGCAGAUACACCCAGAGAGCACAAGCUCAAGGUAUUGCAGCUUGUAGACCAAGCGGCAGAAAGUAUCAGCGAUGGUGAUCUAGUUGAUCGGAUGAUUCACGGAUCACAACAACAAUGGUCUCUUAUGCCUACACACGCAGUCUUCAGUACGGUUCGACCAUCGAGCUUCAUAUCUGGUUCGAUAACCGGAAGAACCAACUUUACAUCUUGGCUUGGUAACAAUAGUAGGUACGGAAAGCUCUCUCGCUAUGUGAAAGAAAUACAAUCACAUAUGCGACUGCGAUCUUCUGGAGACCGCCAUGAGAUUCGUCAACAAUAUCUACCUGUUCUCUGGGACAAACUUAUUCGUCGACUUGAUGUUGAGGGCAGAGAUUCCGUGGAAGAUGUUAUCGAUCUUAUGGAUAGUUAUUUCUUGACUAGGGAGGAUUGGGAUUAUAUCAUGGAACUCGGCGUUGGCGAACAAGAUAUGGAAAGUGUCAAAUUGGAAACUCAAACAAAGGCCAAUUUCACAAGAUCCUACAAUGCACGUUCGCACCCCGUCCCCUUCAUGAAAGCAAGCAAUGUUUUUCAACCCGCCAAGGUCGCCGCCGCAAAACCAGAUCUGGAAGAAGCAUUCGAAGAAGAAGACGAUGGCGAAGUCAUUGCAGAACCAGUUGAUGAUGACGAGAUCGAUUUGAAAAAGGACAAAUAUAUCAAACAGCCUAAGGUUAAGAAAGUGGCCAAGAAACCAGUAAAGAAGAAGACCAAGAGUACGAUGGAGGAUGAUAGCAUGAUUGAUGAUGAAGAAGAGGAAGAAGAAGAGAAGAAACCAAAGAAGGCGAAGGAGGCGAGUGCCAGCACCAGUACCAGUGUCAGUGCAAAGAAGGGGAAGAAAUAA